CGCGCGUGCUGUGUCGCGCGUGCGUGCACGUGUGGCUCCGCCUCCUCCGGUCUCGCCGCGAAGCUGCUGAGGUUGAACUUCCCGCCUGGCCACAGCGAUGUUGCACGCCCUGCCUCGGCAGUGAGGGGACAGGAGCGUCCCAGGCUUCUCCACUCUUGUUGGCGGCGUCGCGCCCAGAGUCGCCAUGUCCACGGGGUUCUCCUUUGGGUCUGGGACUCUGGGCUCCACCACCGUGGCCCCCGGAGGGACCGGCACAGGCACCGGGUUCUCCUUUGGGACCGGCACGUCUAGCACACCUUCUGUGGGGCUCAACUUUGGAACUCUCGGAAGCUCCGUCACCCCAGCAUCUACAUCUGCUUCUGCCAGUGGUUUUGGAACAGGACUCUUUGGAGCUAAGCCUUCCACUGGGUUCACUCUAGGAGGAGCAAGUUCAGGAACACCAGCUACUACAUCUGCAUCUACAACAGGCUUCAGUUUAGGAUUCAGUAAGCCUGCAGCAUCUGCCACACCGUUUGCCUUGCCUGGCACUUCUACCUCAGCUAGUGGUCUCACUCUUUCGUCUGCUCUGACAUCCACUCCAGCAGCAUCCACGGGAUUUACUCUAAAUAACUUGGGAACAACACCAGCCACAACUACAACAGCAUCAACAGGACUUUCUUUAGGGGGAGCCUUAGCUGGUUUGGGAGGUUCACUUUUCCAGAGUGCAAACACAGCAACAUCGGGUCUUGGACAAAAUGCUUUAAGCUUGUCUUUGGGAACUACAGCACCUACUUCAACGGCAGGCAACGAAGGCCUUGGUGGUGUAGAUUUUAGUACCUCAUCAGAUAAAAAGAGUGAUAAAACAGGAACAAGACCAGAGGAUAGUAAAGCGCUGAAAGAUGAAAACCUGCCUCCUGUCAUCUGUCAGGAUGUUGAAAAUCUCCAGAAAUUUGUCAAAGAACAAAAACAAGUCCAAGAAGAAAUUAGUCGAAUGUCUUCCAAAGCGAUGCUUAAAGUCCAGGAAGACAUCAAGGCACUGAAGCAGCUGCUGUCAUUGGCUGCCAGUGGGUUGCAGAGGAACACCCUCAAUAUCGACAAAUUGAAGUUAGAAACGGCUCAGGAGUUAAAGAAUGCUGAGAUAGCUUUAAGAACCCAGAAAACACCACCUGGACUUCAACAUGAAAAUACAGCUCCUGCUGACUACUUCAGAGUCUUGGUUCAGCAGUUUGAGGUACAGCUUCAGCAGUACAGGCAGCAGAUUGAAGAACUAGAAAAUCAUCUUGCCACUCAAGCAAACAAUUCACAUAUAACUCCUCAAGAUUUAUCAAUGGCUAUGCAGAAAAUUUAUCAAACAUUUGUAGCUUUAGCUGCACAACUUCAAUCUAUUCAUGAAAAUGUCAAGGUGCUUAAAGAACAGUACCUCAGCUACAGAAAAAUGUUUUUGGGUGAUGCUGUAGAUGUGUUUGAAGCCAGGAGAACGGAAGCCAAGAAGUGGCAGAAUGCACCCAGAGUUACUACUGGACCUACUCCUUUCAGCACCAUGCCAAAUGCAGCAGCCGUUGCCAUGGCUGCAACACUUACACAGCAGCAACAGCCUGCUACAGGGCCACAGCCAUCUCUGGGAGUUAGUUUUGGAACGCCAUUCGGCUCAGGUAUUGGCACUGGCUUGCAAUCAAGUGGCUUAGGUUCUUCAAACCUUGGAGGAUUUGGAGCUAGCUCUGGUUUCGGAUGCGGCACCACAGGGGCCUCCACAUUUGGAUUUGGAACAACAGAUAAACCCUCAGGAAGUCUUAGUGCAGGCUUUGGCAGCUCAAGUACGUCUGGGUUUAACUUCAGCAAUCCUGGCAUCACGGCAUCAGCUGGUUUGACAUUUGGGGUGUCCAAUCCUGCCUCUGCGGGGUUUGGAACAGGAGGACAACUCCUUCAGUUGAAGAGACCUCCAGCUGGAAACAAAAGAGGAAAGAGAUAAACAUACGGGUCAAUGUGUUGGGAAUGCUUAGCCGGCGCCGCUCAUUCUAUGAUUCUAUUUUUCUAAUGAUGUAGUAAUUGAACUGCAUCUAGGGAGAUUUAUAAAGUUUUGAUAUUCUUACUCUGGAAAUUGAACUUUGUUUGUUUACCUUACCAAACUUCUUUCUUGUGAAUUCAAAAUCCAGUUGUAGUUUUGUUGCUAUUAUUUUUGACUCUCCAUGUAAGAAAUAUUGUGAUUAAAUUGCCGAUUGAUAAUGGUGAAAAAGAUCCAUCAACCUAAAACCUAUGAUUUCUCCUAGUGUUAUAGCAAUGUUUUGUUGCUAAGGUUUAUGCUGUGAGAACAUGCACAUUGGUUUCUUAUGCAGAUAGUAUGAACUCUAGGGCCCGUGCUAGAAGUAGUUUGUUCCUUGACAAGGCCUUUAGAACUGUGCUGCAGGGCAUCUUGUGGAUAUGUAUGUAAUUAUAUAGAGAGUAAUGCACACAAUAUGUGUGCACAUAAAAUAUAUAUUUACACACCUACAACUCUUGCCUCAGACUCUUCUCCUUUUCUAGUGUAUUGAGUUACUCCCUUUAUGCUUCAAGUCCUCAGUGCUUAUAGAAGGAGUAGCUCGGGGUACCUUGUCAUUUCAUUUGUUUACUAGACAUUACUAUUGACAUAAAUAUUUAAUCCAGUCAACUUCAUCGUCCCACUCUUCUGUCUUUCUUUAUACUUGGACCCUUGGUAGUUACUCCAACUGAGGAAUGCUCUAAGGUUCAUCAACAGAUUUUAGAAACCUUUAUUAUUCUAUAUAUUCUCAUGGUACUACUAUGGAAUCUGGAAUCUGUUUUUCAUAAAUGAGAUGGACUUUUAGUUAGGAAUGUAUGUGAACCAGACUGAUGUUCUGGGACAAAGAGCUAUUAAGCCAAAUUGAAUCUAUGCAGGUGAAGGAUGCAAUGCUAAUUCAGUGAGAACUUGUUUAGCUGUUCCAAUACAGAAUUCCUUAUAGGGCUAUUGAGAAACCAAAUGAAGUGGCUUCUCAGCCUCUUAAUAUCUCGAGUGCUUAAUUUGUACUAGAGAAACUGCAUUUUAGGAUAAGUCUUUGUAGCAACUGUAAACUUCCUGGUUUUAAGUGAGUUAGAGUGAGUAGAGUUCCAGGGAGUGCCACAGAGGUAUGUCAGGUUGUGUCUAUGUGACCUCUUGUCUGUGCUGCCAUCUUGGUGUUGAGUGGGUGAAGAACCACUAUAGAAGGAAUUGCCUUAGGACCAUGUCAGCGUGAAAUGUCUUUCCAAUAGUUUUCAGGUGGGAUGAAACCAUGAAAUUGCACAAAAAUAGUUUAAUUUUUUACAUAGAAGGUUUCAUACAUAAUGUUCAUCAGUGAAUAUUUUCAGAAUCAUUUUCACCAAGGCACCUUUUUCUAAAAUAGGUGUGGUGUAUAUAGAUACAUAUACACAUAUAUAUUUUUAGUAUAAUGUUAGUUGGGUUUGAUUAUAAAAGUAUUAUUGGUCUGUUUUAUUUAUCUGCAUAUAACUGGCAUUCCUGAAUUUAAUAAUUGCAUCUUGAUGCAUUGAAAUAAGGAGAGUUAUUUGUCUCUGAGCACUAAACAUGUUUUUAUUUGUAUAUUUUUAUAAUUCUGCAAUCCUCAGUCUAGAUUAUAGGGGAGGAUAAGGAAAAAGGUGUACGUUGGCAUUUUAAAUUAUUAUCAGAGUUACAUAUACCAUUACAAAAAUACUGCUUUGUUGUUUUUUAAGGACAUUGUAUUGUGCUGCAAAUAUCUGAAUAUUUAUAUUUCUCUGGGUUUUUUUUCUUUCUAUACAUUUUCCUGUGUUGAACCACUGGAGACUUGUAACAUUCAUUUGUGGUAGAUUCAGUGUUGUCCUUGUCUCCUUUGUCUUCACCUUGUCCAGAGCCCAUUAUGGAAACAAUAAAGUUGUGGUAGUUGCUUUGAA